CUAUUGGUACUCCGUAAUAGUAAUGUAAUAUAUCGAUUCUGAAUUCUACUUUGUUCAUUCUUUAUCAAUACUUUAUGUUCAAUGGUGUUAGGAUAAAAUAAAUACAUAAAAUACGCAUAUAUUCAUCCAUACACAUAAAAAUAUUCGAUUAAAUUUCAAUUUAUAGUGCUUUAUACAGAUUUAACAUGUCUGAUCAUCACAGUGGAAAAGGUUAUGCCCCAUUGCCGCAAAAUAUAAGUAACACCGAUACUGAGGAUGAAGAUGAUUGUUUGGCCCAAUCAAAUGAAAUUCCUAAAGAUCAUGUUGAUGAUACACAACCGCAAUCAACUACUAUUCAUGAGAAUGGAAUAUAUUAUCCAUUGGAUGAAACAAGGAAUCUAGCAAAUCGCACAAAAAAUGGUCAAAAUAUGCUUAAAUAUUAUAGAGAUGAUGUACCUAUAAUGGUAGUUGAAGGCAGUGACCAAAAUGAUUUGUGGAAAAGACAUGAUAUGUCACCCUUAUGACGAUUUUGUUUGGUUGCUUCUAUAUUAUUAUGCGUUGUAACAAUAGUUAUAUUUCUAUAUGUUUUACCUUGUGAUAAUUCAAUGGUAUGUCCUUCAGUAAAUGAACCUCAGUCAUCUAUAUCUUGGGAUAAAACUUUACAAGGAAUAGAAUUACAUGGUCCUAUUUCCAUCAUUCAUGGAAAUCCAUCAAACUUGAUAUUUCUUGUUCGUGGACAACGAUAUAGAGGAAAUGAUACAAAUGAUCAGGGUCAAAUAUCUGCAGAAGGAGGAGGAAUUAUGUCAAUGCAAGCAAAUAGUGGUUUACCAUUGUGGUUAGUUUCGUUGAAAAGACCGCCUACCGAAAUUGAUUGUAUUUCAGUGGAUACUGAUCGAUCUGGAAAACCAGAUUGCAUAGUUGCUGGAGAUCAAGGCCUUUUGGCUAGUAUCGAACCUAUUGCAGGCACUAUUCAUUGGAGUUCCAAAAUUUAUACAUACGAAAAACUACCUCUGAUAUUAUCAGAUAUUGAUUCAGACAAAAUAGAAGAUUUUUUGAGUAUAGAAGUAGCAACAAAAAAUAUGCCUAAUCUUGUUCUCUUAUCUGGUGGAACUGGACAUCUUCUAGGGCGAUAUUCACCUGAAAAUUGUUCGUCCAUUGAUAUAGAUAAUCACGUUCUUAAUGAUACUGUAUCUUAUAUUUGCUAUGAUAGUAAUAGAAGAAGUAUGAUUAAAACUAUGACUAUUAAAGGUUUAUUACAUGCUAUGAAAUUACCAGAGUAUAAAAAAUUGAUAAUGAAACAAGCAGUGGCAUUUAGCACGUUCAAGACCUUAAAAUACAGUAAUGAAAAGAAUAACUGGGGGCCUACACCAUAUCACUACUUAUCCAUUGAAAAUAAAGGAUUAUGUCCUGGAGAAUUUUGUACAGCUAGUGUAACUUUAAAAUUACAAAAGCAUGGAAAUCAAUCAAAAGUAAUAUGGAAUUAUAUUAGUCCUAAUUCUUUUGUCUCAAAACCAGCUUUUCUGGAUAUAUCCACGAAACCUUAUACUUUUGGAUUUGCCAUUAAAUUUUGGCAAUGGACUAAUUCAACAUCUGAACGUACAGAAAAAGUAUCUAUUGUUACAGAAAGAAGACUAAUAGAAAGAGUAUUGAUUGUUUUUGUGAAUUAUACAGAUGUACAAGUUAAAAAUGCAAAUCAAACUGAUAUUAUUCAAUUAUGCCAAAACGCAAAUUGUCAACCAAAUUUGAGUUUGCGUGCUCGCUUUAGUUCAAUCAAAAUUGAUUAUAUUAGUGAAGAUGGAUUUCCAGAAUUAAUAACUUAUUGGUCUUCAUAUGACAUAGAAGCAACAAAGGUACUGACAUCAAAAGUACAGGUUGUAAAAUUAGAUUCACUUGUAAUGGAUCUUCCACAUACAGGUGUUUAAUCUUUGGUUUAUUUAAUGAUUGCUAGUUUAUAGACAAAUUGAUCAUUCAAUUCUUCAGUGUAAAAUUAUUAAUGAACAUUUUAACUACGAAACGAAAAUAUUUGUUUCGUAAAUAUAUUUAAGUGAAUAAUUAUACUAUAAUAAAUGACAGCACUACCAUUAAUAAGUGGUAUUUGGCUAUAGACUUAUUAGAACUAGUCAUCACUUGGUAGUAAUGUAGCAACGAUUUUCAUAGGCGCCUAAUUAAAUAAAAUAAUUUUUAAAUAAUCAUUUUCAUAAUGAACAAUUAUUGUUAAUGUCCACAUAUUUUAAAAGAAUUCAAUGGUGCCUUGCAGAAGCUGUAUACAAGAAACAUGAGCAAAUAUAUAAAAUUUGCAAAAAUAAUUGCAUGUUAUUAGAGAGAAUAUAUUAAAAAUUUUAUAUGUUUAACAAAAUUUUAAAAGAGAUAGCAAAGUUCCUUUUGUAAUAUCAUUUGAUAAUGUAAAGUAAUAAUGUAUUUUAUCUAAAUUUAUUCUGCAUUAUGAGUGAAUUCUUUGUUAUAAAAAAUGAAGCUUAUUGCAUAUAAAUGCUAUUUAGUGUAGUAUUAUAAAAGAUGAAUAGUAAAUAAAAAUUUUCCUCUAGUUACA